CAAGAGCAUGGAGUAGCGAACAAAAUCGAUCGAUAUGUUUUCCAGUGAAGUGUCUACUGAAACCAGAAGCUUUAAUAAUUUUAGCUAAUAAAUUAUGUAGGUAGAUGUAAUGUUUUGGAAAUUGACUGCCUCGUUAAUUUUGGCUGUGAUAUCAGUUGAAUCGAGGGGGCCCCACCAUCCCCGAGGCGAGAAAAUCGUUAAAAGGCACGUGCACUACUCCCCCAGCAAAGAUAAUACGGAAAAACUGACUGAAGACAAGCAACUGUUGCACGAUACGCAGCACAUACAGGAGCAUCUCGAGGAAGUGAUUUCAGAACAGGAUUUGUCGAAAAUGACCGACGAAGAAUUGGAGUUUUAUUAUUUUCAAGUCCACGACACCGAUAAAAAUUCUAAAUUGGACGGUUUGGAGCUACUACAGGCUAUUUUACAUACUGAUCCUGAUUACGAGCAGCAAGGUGAAGAUGAUACAUCCAGUUUAUUAAAAGAGUCUUCAGAUUUUAAUUAUUUCGUUGAAUUGGUGGAUCAAGUUUUAAACGAGGACGAUACUGAUCACGAUGGUUAUCUUAGUUACUCCGAAUAUGCGGCAAAAAGGCGUUUACACAACAAAAAGAAGACCAUUCAGCAUUAUAAUGGAAAUAAUUAACAACAUCUAUGAGAAAAGUAAUAAAUUUAGUAAUGUUAAAUGUGAUAUACAUGUGUAUAUUUUUUUUUAAUUAGACCGGUUAAUAAAUCGAAAAAUAAUUUAAAAU